AUGCAUUUCCAAACCAUUCUCCUCCCCGGCUUCUUCGCUGCCGCGACCAUGGCCCUGGCCCUGCCGGACGCCGACAUGUCUGACCUCUCCCAUGGCUUGCAAGAGACGACCCUCUUCAAGCGCGACGACGUCUUGGGGCCCCGUGACCUUGAGCUCGCUGAUGCUCACGGCGUCAACCUGACAGAGAUGUACAGGCACUCCCUCAUGAAGCGUGAUGACGGGGAUCACGUCACGAUCUGGGUCGCCCGCGACUACAUCGCGCACGACGACGACGAGAAUGACUCUACCGAGGCGGUCGACGACGACGAGGAUGUAGACGAAGAGGGCCUCACCAAACGACAGAGCGUUCGUGUCGGCAAGGACGUAUUCUUCCACCGCGGAAGCCUGGGCGGAAAAACCUGCAUGAAGCACAAGAGGCAGAAUCACACGGGCCCCAACGGGCCCACGUCGGGAGGCGUGCAGGCCAUCUACCGCUGGGGCGACCGCGAGGCCGGUAGCUUCAUGCUCCACAGCCGCUGGCAGAACCUGGUCAUCGCCGGUUCCAACAAGGGCGCCAACGCCCUCUACCGGGCGAGGAGAGCCAGCGGCUUCCCUGAACUUCACAUCGGCAGCCGUGACAUCCGCAACGAUGCCGACUGGACCCAGAAAAGGGCCCGCAGCUUCAACGGUGUUUGGAGGGCGUCUUCUAAGGGAGGCGAGACCUGCCAGCUGCUGAUGCGCGCCAACUAUGAGCUAAUCAGGACAAAGUACAAUGUGUAG